AUGUCCACCUUCAGGAACAACAUUUCUGAAAUCCUCCGCUGUCUCAGACCCUCAAAUGAAGCUCGCAAUCCGCUCUUCUCGAGGCCGUUAUGGAUCCCUUCAGCCAAAACACUGUUUCAACUCGCCCGAGACAUGUCGCUAUCAAACCUCUGGAGGAGGCGGUUAACCACCGUUGCCAGGAGUGUGAUUGAGUUUGGCUGGGUCGUCGUCAUAUAUCUCAUGAGCGAGCUCACCAUAUGGGGCCUGAGUAGGGCGCUGGCUCUUGUGCAUCUUGAGUUCUUCUCUUCCAUUUUUGGCAUGGUUUUGACUUUCUGCUUUAUGGCUGCUGCCUUCUUCUGCUUUGCUGGUGUUGAUGAUAUAUACCAAAGACACAUCAAAUCCAAGGUAGAUUUCAUCAACGCCCAUUUGGGCUUGGGUUUUCCCAUUCCUCUGGUAAUGCUGAACCAGAGCGAUAUUCUUGGUGGUCAUGACAUCGCUCGCAUCAUGGGCAACUUCGUCGUGACGAACCUUGCUUCCUGGGCCGUUGUCUUUGCUCUGUCCCUUCUCGUCAUGAGCGGUGCAGCUCGCAUGACUGCUCAGGUUCCCGACGACUUCUGCCUUCCUCAACCUCUGACAUCGAGCCCGCCGCGAGUCGAAACAAGCUGGCUAUCCGACUCAACUCUGGACCAGGCACCUCAGCCCAUUUUCGGUCGCCGUGAUAAAUUACCAAAUCAAAUGACUCCCGGGCGAGAAGAGUCACCCUCGCCAGCAUCAAGCCAAAGGUCCUCAAUCGUUCUCAAAGACCCGGUCGAUGCUUCUCGUGUGUGGCACUUGUGGACAUCCAACUUUCCGUUGAUCACCUCCUUUCUCGGAAUCUUCAUCAUCGGAACUCCGGUAGCUGCUAUUGCUAACGAAGAUCGCAUUCUCGAUGGUUGUGUUUUGUGGUUCGUCUGGGCUUCAACAUUGCGACUUCAACGGGAACUCAAGACAUCCAACCUGUGCAACGACAAGUCAAAAUUCAUGAAUGCAUUGGUCACUCUUAUGAAUCCUGUCCUGUUCACGACUCUUAUGAUGACGGCCUACACUCGGGCCAAAACUUGCGCAUACGGCUUCGAUAGCUUACCUGAGGUUUUGCGCAUCUUCAGCAGCGGCACACCGCUUUACGCUCUUUGGACAUCCGUAGCAACAGGAACACCUCUUUCGGAUGGUAGGAGCCCGUGGUUUGGCGCUGGCGACGCUGCGCUCUCAAUCCUCGAAUGCGGUAUCCUGAUAUGGGGCUUCAAACUGUACGAGUGCCAACGCCAACUCUUCAGCCUGGCUGGUCUGCUCACAGUCCUAUUGGCAAUAGCCGCCGCAGCCGCCAAUGUCUUCUUGUCGGUUCUUACAGGCAGCUUCGUCGGUCUGGACGCACCUGAGGCAUUGGCAUUCGCUGCACGAAGUACAACCCUAGCACUUGCCAAGCCAGCUAUGGCAGCACUGGGUGGGAAUCUCGGCGUCAAUGCUGCCCUGGUGGUAAGCAACGGGAUCCUUGGACAGCUUUGCUAUCCGUUUGUGUUAGACAAGCUAGGUGUCAAGCGAGAGGAUAAGAUCAGCUGUUCCAGCGUCAGUCUUCCGGAUUCUGAUGGAAAAGAGUCACGCUUGAGCCUCAGGCCCCUUUUAAAAACAGCUCAACAAGAUUUGGCGAGUGGCGACGACCCUUUCACAAUAUCUGCUGGUAUCGCUGUUGGCAUCAAUGGCGCAGCUAUGGGUGUGUCGUACCUGUACGAGACUAGAAGUCGCGCGGCUCCGUACGCUGCUCUCGCAAUGACAGUAUCAGGUGUCAUGACAGUGGUUUUUACGACAGUCGAACCCUUCAAGGAAGUGGUGUUGAGCUUGGCUAGCUGA